CAACUUUUUAAUAGGGCUACUAUUUUUAAGUGGUAAUUUAAGUUAAUCCAGACUUAAAUCUUAAUACCAGUCUCUUCCCAAUACAAAGUACUUUAGUCUGUACUAAAGUUAAUACUGAAAUAAAGUUCUAUUACACUUUUGAACAACUGUGCCCUGCAUAUUACAUUUUGGACAUACUUGAGUAACUGAUCUUGCCGUUUUUUCUUGUAGCUACGAGACUUGCAAAAAGAAAACGAAAAGUUGAAAAAAGUGAUUCAAAUGAGGAUGGAGUUGCAAGCGGAAGCAGAUACUAGAAUCAUGUCCCAUGAAGAGGAAAUAGGAAAGCUGAAAGAGGAAAUAACUGCACUGCGUGAGAAAUCAUCCAUACCAUCCACUAGUCAAGCUCAGCUGGAGGAGUUGGCUCAGAUGAAAAUGAAAGUGUUUGGUUUAGAGAGUGAUUUGAAGAUGCUGCCUAAACAGUAUGAGAAAAGGAUUGCCUCUCUGACGGAGACGGUGGAUCAGAAAAAUAAUCAUAUCACCUUCCUAAAACAAGAGAUGAGACGUCUGAAUGAACAAGUAUCCGCCAAUGACACAAUUUGUUUCCUGAAGGAGAACGAAAGGAAGCCGUCAGCCACCUCCUCUGUCUCACACUCUGUGGAGGACAGUGCAGCUUCUGACACGUCUGUGCCUGAGGUGCUGUAUGCUGGUCGCAGUGGCAUUGUCGACAGUGACUCCAUAUAUAUCCUACAAUCACAGAAUAACCGUCUGCAGAAGGAGAAUAAGAGGCUGCUGGCAAAGCUAGAGGCUUACGAGAAACAUACCAAGAGGAAAGGACUUAGGUCACAAAGUAAGCUUGGAAUGAAAGAAAACACCAUACCUGUAACUCAGGAAAAGCCGGAACCUGUUUGUGAAGGUUGGCUUUUCUCCUUUUGUAUAAUACUAGUAUGUUGA